GUUACGUCAAAGUUGUAACUCCGAAGCACAAUGGUCAUGUGAUUAUAUCACAUGAUACAAUUUUGCCGGCAUUUUUUCCCGUUUACCGGCAAUGAGUCAAGGAAAACUGGAAAGCUCUGUAAAUAAGGCUGAGAUAGAUAACAUCUCUUUAACAGAAUCGGUAAAAUAGGAUAAAACAAAGGUAUUAGUAAUCAAUAUGGAUUUUACGAAGCCAGAGACUGUUCUAAAUUUAGACAAUAUUCGUCAAGCCCUUGUUCGAAUGGAGGAUACUAUCGUAUUUGACUUAAUUGAAAGAUCACAAUUUUAUCUGUCUCCGUCAGUUUACGAAAUCAAUAAAUUUCAAAUUGAAGGUUUUCAGGAUUUAUCCUUUUUAGAUUGGGCUUUAUUACAAAUGGAGAAAGUUCAUUCACAAAUACGUCGUUAUGAAGCCCCAGACGAGAGUCCAUUUUUCCCGAAGGCAAUCUUACCACCUAUAUUACCACCCAUUAAUUAUCCAAAACUAUUAGCGAAUUACAGUGAUGAGAUUAAUGUUAAUAAUGAAAUCAAAAAGUUUUAUGUCGAAGAGAUUGUUCCACAGGUCAGUUGUAAAAUUGGCGAUCAGCAAGAGAAUUUAGGAUCAGUUUCAACUUGUGAUAUUGAAUGUUUACAAGCUAUUAGUAGACGAAUACAUUUUGGAAAAUUUGUUGCUGAAGUGAAAUACCAAAAUGAUAAAGAAAACUAUAUUCGAUUGAUUAAGGCUCGGGAUGUUAAAGGAAUUGAAGAUUCUAUUACUAAUAGCGUUGUUGAAGGUAAGAUUUUAGAAAGAUUAAUCAUUAAAGGAGAAGGUUAUGGAAUUGAUCCAUCCUUGAGAUAUAGUCAAAAUCCUCAAAGUAAAGUUAAGCCUGAAGUUAUUGCUAAAUUAUAUAAGGAUUGGAUAAUUCCAUUAACCAAGAAAGUUGAGAUUGAUUAUUUAUUGAGAAGAUUAGAAGAUGAAGAUGCUGAAUUAGUUAAAUCAGUUGUUUAAGUCAAAUGGACCUAUUUAUUUGUUAAGUCAAAUGACCUAUUUAUUUAUUUUAGUUGAUGGCAUAUAUAUCUUAGAAUUUAAUUUAUAGAAUUUAACUUAUAGAAAUUAAUUCAUAGACAAAUAAGUUCAUUAUAAAUAAAAGAUAUACAAAGAGAAUGCGCAUUAUUAUCUACUAUUAUUUUGCGCGCCAUAAUAGGAAUAAGUGUCUAUUCAAUUGGUCUAAGGUGAUCAACGAAAACUAUUCAACCGUCAGUGACACUAAUCCAUUUUAGAACACAUGUUUAUAAAUUCAUUUAGUAAUGAAGUAAAUUUAUGUUUAAUUGAUCGAUUUCCUAAUUUAGUCAUGUCAAAUUUGGAUUAAUUUAUUAUGAACUGUUAUCAUAAAAUUAACUAUAAUUUGAAUAAAAAUUAUCACAUGCAAAUGAUUUCAUAGUAACUCAACAAUAUAUAUAAUAGUUUUUAAAAGCCC